GAGUAGUCGCGUUUAUGAUAAGAUAAGACAUUAUGUCAUCGGCGUCAAUCGAUAACCCUAGAUGCUCGACGAAACAUGCAAGUGGAAAGCAAACGCGACAACACUCCCCUCUAAAUAUUCGCGAAUCUUAUCAUUAAUUAUGGCUCCUUGGUCAUCGAAAUCAGAGUCAUCUCAAGAUCAUGAGCAUGAUCUUGGUACAAUGUUGGAAACAGAGGAACGUGUUGAUCUGACACUUCUCGUUGCCAAUAUUACAGAGGUCAUGCAAAAGCAAAUCAAUGAUACUUUCGAUGCCUCAAUUACCACAGGCGAAGCUCCAAACAAAGCCUUGGAAGUUGGAGAUAAGAACCCGAAUACUGAUGAUAGCCAAUCAGAUGAGGAAUCCGAAGAAGAGGCAAAAGCUCGGAAUUUGAGAGAAAAGAGAGAAAGAGAAUUAUCGGCUCCUAAAAUGUUAGAGCUGAAGCGUGAUACUCUCAAAUUCUUUCAGGAAUGGCAAGAAAAUGUGAUAUUAAGGAUUGGUUCGGUUGUCAAUAACCCCAAAGAAGUCACCGAAGAUCAGAAGAAAAGGGCCAGCGCAAAAUCUACCCCUGAUACAGAGUCAAAGACAAAGGUUGUUAAACAAACUACCAAUGUCGUGGAAGCAGAUGCGGCUUUAAUAGAGCUUUACCCACCGACCUCUACUGGUCUGUACUCGUUACAGGAAGAAAAAAGAGUAAUGCUUCUACACGCCAUGCUAUUACUGCUUCUUUCAUUAGAACACUACACGGCGCAUUCCCGUAUUCUUCUACUCCAUAUAGCAUCAUCUCUUCAUCUUCCCCUUCACACUCUCGCCGAGACAGAAGUAAAGGUCGCACAGGGACUCCUUGAAGCCGCCAAGAAAAUGUCCGGCAAUGAAGAAACGCAAAAGAGAAGCGAAGAGAACAAAGUAGCUCGAAGAUGGAAAGUAGGACUCGCAGGUGUAGCAGGCGCCGCAAUAGUAGGAGUCACAGGCGGUCUUGCAGCUCCACUAGUCGCAGGUGCUCUAGGCACUGUAAUGGGAGGACUAGGUCUUGGUGCAACUACCGCUGCGGGCUUGCUCGGAGCUCUGGCGGAAAGUGGAGUUAUUGUUGGAAGUCUUUUUGGUGCUUAUGGUGCCAGUAUGACGGGAAAGAUGAUGGACUCGUACGCGAGAGAGGUUUCAGACUUUGCAUUUCUUCCGCUGAGAGGAUCGCCACAUCAGAAGUCCGUCAAGGAAAUGGCGGCAAAGGAUCGAAGAUUGAGGGUCACAAUAGGUGUUAGUGGAUGGCUGACCCAAAAAGAAGAUGUUAUCACACCAUGGCGGGUACUCGGACAUCAAAGUGAAGUGUUCGCACUCCGAUACGAACUCGAAGCCCUCUCCAAACUCGGAACAUCCUUAGAAUCGGUAGUCAAGAGUGCAGCUUGGACUCUGGCGAAGAAAGAAAUCCUAGCCCGCACAAUUUUCGCAAGUUUGAUGACUGCUCUGUGGCCCCUCGGACUAUUGAAAAUCUCUAAGCUCGUCGAUAAUCCCUUUUCCGUCGCGAAGAAUCGCGCUGAUAAGGCAGGCUUGGUCCUUGCAGAUGCACUUAUCAAUAAGGCACAGGGAGAGAGGCCAGUUACUUUGAUUGGAUACAGUUUAGGGGCUAGACUGAUCUACUCAUGUUUGACAAGUCUGGCUGAACGUCGAGCAUUUGGUUUAGUCGAAUCCGCAGUACUAAUUGGCGCCCCCGCUCCCUCCGACGCAGCCGCAUGGCGCGCCAUGCGCAGCGUCGUCUCAGGCCGUCUCGUAAACGUCUAUUCCGAAAACGACUACAUCCUCGCUUUCCUCUACCGCACCAGCAGCAUCCAAUUCGGCGUCGCCGGUCUGCAACCCGCCCAAGAUGUAAAAGGAAUCGAGAAUGUAAACGUGAGCGAAAUGGUCAGCGGACACUUGAGGUAUCAGUAUCUGGUCGGCACGAUUCUGGAAAAGAUUGGAUGGGAGGAUAUUGAUAUGGAAGAGGUGGCGAAAGAGGAGGAAACGCUGGAAUUGUUAGAUGAGAGGGAGAAGAGAGAGGGCGAGGAGAUAGAGAGGAAGGCGAAUGUGGAUUUAGAUGGGGAAGCGAGAAAAUUGGAGAGUGAGGUGAGCAGGAAAAAUGAGGAGAUAACGUUGCACGGGGGGCUAGAGAAGUUGCAGAAGGGUGUGGAGAAGUUGAAUCUCGAUUGAGCGAGAGAUGCUAUUACAUCGUGUAAUUGAUCGGACAUAGAUUCGAGGGGUUAAAAUAGACGAACAGAUUUGGAAUAUAUAUAUAUUUUUUCA